GGGUGGGGUUGGUGUCUCUGUUGUGGAGUAGGGAGUUUGAUGAUGGGACAGGCACAAAUGGACCCCCUCUACCGGCAGCCAUUUUGCCUCCCCUCAGGUCUCCUCCACGCAGGGCUAAAAUGGCUGCCACGCUCCAGGGAGACAGGCUCGCUGCAGCACCACAUAAGGACCUGCGCAACACACACAAUGAGAUGCUCACAACUCAACAAAACCAGACCACUGCGAGACUGCUACACAACCAUGUCACAAUUACGCAGCCAACAACACAGUGCCUCCAUCUUUUUCCUUCAGUUCGUUCUGCUUCAGUGAAGGAGACGGUUUCGAGUGGGUGGGGGCAGCGUGCAGUCACAGAUGGGAAAAAUGAGAAAUACUUGCAUCAGGAAACAGUGUCUAACACGAUCCCUCAAAUAUUAGAGAAACGUGGGCGUCAAAGUCUAUGAUCAGCAAGACUGAGAAACAGGCGACGCAGAACAUACCCUUUUAUUCAGACUGAUGACUAAUGGCGGUCUCUGAGUCUGCUGCAAGAUUAGUGACAAAUAAACAUCUUUAAUGUUUUCACCCUGAAAUGUAGAAUAAAACCAGAUCAAAACACAUUAGACAGUAAAUCAGAACUUAACCGUCUUCUUAGAUAUUCGUGUGUCUUCGUCAGCUGUUGUUUUUCUGUGCGCUCUGCUGACAUUUUGGAACGGAAUCAGUCAGAUCUCUGUUCUGUGUUUACACCACCAUUAAACUGUAGCCCUCAAUACCUUUUCCAUCCAAACCCUGCUUCUGCUGCUGUUUUAUGAUGAAAAAUCAUAUAAGCAAUAAUCACAGGAAGAAAAGGGAAAAAUGACAGCGAUUAUUUUUCAUCUUUGUCUCUGAAUACAAACCUCCAGGCACUGGGCGAAGGAGAGCUAGGAGAUUAAGAGGUAUAAUAAAUGGUAAAAGAGCUAAAAAGGAUAUUUCUGAAUAUUUUAAAAAGGGAGAGGUGAAGACAGAGUUCCAUUCUGGUUUCUGAUACCUCAGUGGGUUGCAGAAUAGAGGCAUCUUGCCAAAGCUGCUGUCUCUCUCAGGGAGUGAUGGUGAACAACACAAACAACUGUCUGUCUCUCUGUGUGCAAGUGACAGCAAAUAGCAGAGGCUGCUACCCCAUCUCAUGAGACAGUGACAGUAAGUGUCAGGUGGUCUCUCUCUCCUGUGUCAGAGUGAUGGAAAAUGACAGUUGUCCCUCUCUGUGUGAGAGACGAUGAAUUACAGACUGUUUCUCCUGCGUGAGGCGAAAAAACAGAAUGACAAACACUCUCUCUCUCUGACGAUGAAGGUGAAGGACAGGGACUUCUCGCUCUCCAGGAGAGUAGUGGCAAUGUAGACUACCUCUCUUAACGUCCUCUGACUCACACAGGAAGACACUGACCCACUUCACCGAGCACCUUGUCCCACAGGCCGCGGAUAGUCGCAUCAGAGGCAGGAAGUGCCGCUGUCAUUUAUUUCCUCUCAUUUGUUUUGUUGCACGAAUAAGAGGAAAUAAAAACUGCACAGUCAUCAGUGGCAGAUGUCUGCAAAUGCAAGUGUGCACACUCAUACAUGGUGAUCCAGUGAGCAGGAACAAACUGGCCCUGUAAUACCACCUCUCCAUUAGUGUGGCAUGUCAUACCCUGUCAAUUUAAAGAUGACAGUGGCAUCUCCAAGCACGAAGGACCUGAUGGACAGCACACACCCUCAGGUGCUGCUUGCUGGCCUAAAUGACCAGCGGACACGUGGCCUGUUCUGCGAUGUUACCAUUGUGGUGGAGGAUGUCAAGUUCCGGGCCCACAGGAACGUGCUUGCUGCCUCCAGCGGAUACUUCCGUGAUGCCUUCUGUGCCCCAGAGGUUUCAACGUCUGGCCAGGUGCUGGAGUUGCUGGACCUCCGGUCAGAGGUCUUUGCUGGCAUCCUUAACUUCAUCUACAGCUCCAAGAUGGCACCCGUCAGUACGGAAGACAACAGGUCCCUGGUGGCGGCUGGAAAGAAGCUGGGGAUUCCCUUCUUGGAGAAGCUGAUGGGGCAAGACAGGCCACACAGCCAGGCUCUGUCCCAGGCCCAAGCGUCCCCUGGACCUCGCCUGCUGAAGAGGGAGACCCCACGGCCAGAAGAGCCAGACAGUGCCAGUGGUCCACGGAUCACAAAUGCGUUCUCCAUCACCGAGGCAGGUGCUGGCAAUGACCCAUUCACUCCAUUGGAUCUGCGUACCGAUGCACAUCAAGCCCCAGACACCGGGCUCCUCCCCGCCGCGAGCAUUACCACUGCUGAGAGUGAGCCCACAAACACACUGUCGGAGCACUCGUACGCUGUGACCCAGAUGCACAAGGCCAGUGAGCACAGUGAGAGCAGCACAGGAGACAGCAGGAGGGACAGUGUUCAAACACACACAGCCCCUAGACCACAGGCUAGCCAGAUCUGCGGCCCACUCAAAAAGCGCCACAAGCUGAGAGGCACCCUGGUGAAAAGCACACCUGCAGUAUCUGGUGAACCUGUAACACCAUCACAGACUGCUCCUAGCUGCCAGGCCCCCCUAAGCACGUCCAUUCCUCUUAAUGAAUCUUCACCUGUUCCACCAUCCCUGAACCUGGACACCCAGGCAAACACUGUAACGGCAUUGCCAGCUGGCGAAAAAAAAUCCACAGAAGACUCGGGGCCCCCUCCACUUGUCCCAUCAGCAAAGCCUAGUGCACCAGUAUUGCGAUGUGAAUACUGCCCUGAGAUUUUCCACAACAAAUCAGCCCUCAACAUACACAUGCAGAUCCACAAAAGAAGGUUUGUAAGUCAUUUAUUUUGCAAAUUUUGUCGUAGGAAGUUCAUGCACUUGAAAAGAUUGCGCAACCAUGAGCAGGUGUGCUGCAAAGUCCAGAGACCUGAACCUGAGCAGGAGAUUCACGGCACAGAAAUCGGCUUCCCCCCAGAAAGUGGGUCCACCAUGGAGGAGGGUCCAACCCCAGGUCACUGCCCCACUGCUCCAAAUGCACCGCCGAACUUCACAGAGGUGUUGCAGGAGGUGGAGAAGGGCACAAAGACAGCCAUUGGGCAAAGGAGACUGUAUCCAUGCAGCGUGUGCAAACGUGCAUAUGUGACCCUGUCCAGUCUGAGAAGGCAUGAGAAUGUGCAUUCGUGGCAGAGGGCGUACCCAUGCCACUACUGCAACAAGGUCUUCGCUCUGGCCGAGUACCGCACCAAACAUGAGAUAUGGCACACCGGUGAGCGCCGCUACCAGUGCAUCUUCUGUCUGGAGACCUUCAUGACCUACUACAUCCUGAAGAACCAUCAGAAGUCCUUCCACGGGAUCGACCCACGGCUGGCGGUGAACAAGAAGUCUGCCAACGGCAGCUUCAAGGGGAGUGUUUAUCCAAUCAAACUCUACAGACUCCUUCCCAUGAAGUUUCGAAAGAGGAGGUACAAGACAUACAGCCAGACAUUCUCAGAGGUGCCAGAAUGCAAUGACCAGAUGUUCCCAGUUCCUCUAAGCUGCAGCUCCCCCUCAGCUACCUUUGACGAGAAUGUAUCUGCCAUCAACAGGGAUGGAGUUUGUGUGGGACAGCCCAUGUUCUCAAUGCCUGUGACCUUCAUGGCUACUCCAAAGGUGGUUGCGUCAGUGGCACCUCGCAUCAACUUUGAUCAGCCUUGUGAUCAGGAACAAGCUCAGCUCAUGUCCUCUGAAGAGGAGGAGUGUGUGAGAGCAAGGAUGUCCCCAUCCACUGACACUCAGAUGCAGACUACCCUGUCAGUCAGCCAAAAAACUCCAUCCUCUAUCAACUACGGGUACACGCUUCCCUCAGUCACAAUGCAGACAGGCAGAGCAUCCUCUGUUAUUGUCCAUGGAAACAGUGAGGCCUCAACAACAUUUAAGGACAAUGACAGUCGGUCUUUAUCAUGCCCAGAAAUUAAUGCUGACAGCACCGUGGGAGCAGAAAACAGGCUGGGGGGGCUCUCAGCUGCUGCACAGACCAUUGAGGCUUUAGCUAACCAGCUGUUUCUCCCUGGGGGUAACAGUAACAGACCACAAAACUCUGAUAGUAAGAAAACAGAGACAUACAUCGCUAAGCCUGCAUGUCCAGGCCCAUCCAUCGACAGCCCGGUACUUCCCCUCUGCCAGAUCACAGUGAAAAUCGGUGAUGAGGCAAUCAUCCGCAGAAGGAUCAAGGGUUCCAAGCUGUUCCCAAGGAAGAGGAGGAGGAGCCACUGGAAACAGGGGGAGGAGGAAGGUCAGAAUAACCUUGCAGAGCAGACGGACAAGAGUCCAAGCCUGCGCCUGAGAACAGAGAUCACUUCCUUCAUAGACACAGAACCAUACGAUGAUGCCACCGACCGUGACACAGCUGACCAGCUGUGGCGUCCAUAUUACACAUACAAACCCAAAAAGAGGACAAAGAAACUGAAAUCAAAAGACAGGAAAGGCAAUCGGGGCAGGCAGCCUGGGAGACCAUUAAAGGCAGUUCCACAGCCCUCUGAACCAAAUGUCAUGAGCGAGUAUCUGGAGACAGCAUACAGAACGUCAGACACAGCAGAUAUCAGGAAACACGUCAGAAAGAGCACCCAUAAGAAGACGUACACCUGUGACAUUUGCAAGAGCCUCUUCUUCAGCCUGUCCACACUUCGGGCCCAUGUAAUUGGCUGUCAUCCAUAUUUCUGCCGGACUUGUGGGAAGCAGUGCCCCCCAGGGGAGUCGCCUGGCCCCCACUGCCCCCUCCCAGAAGAUGGCAAGGACUUCGUCUGCAAGAGCUGCAUGGAGGACGGCUCCUGCUUCGACAACUCCGCUAAAAGCCCAAACACAGAGAAGCGCUACCGCUGCUCCUUCUGCCCGCAGCGGUUCCUCUACCUCGCCACGAAGAAGAGCCACGAAAGGAAGCACAUGGAGAAGCACGGGAAGGGGUAUAACUGCUACUACUGCCCAAAGGUCUGUAAAACUCCCGCCUCACUGGGCGUCCAUCAGAAAAGACAUUUCAUUAAAACAGAGGAGGAGGAUGGGGAGAGCAAAGAGUCAGCCAGGUUAGUCAGCAGUCUCGCUGAAGUAAAGGAUGGAUCAAAACUAGACAUGUGGGAGGACUUUCCAGUCAACACUUCUGUGGCACCCAAACUGGAGGACCAGAUGGAGAUAAACAGCAAUGGACACUAUCAGGAAUUUAAGCAACACCAUGUGAAAAUGCUGUCAUCACCCCACCAAGACACCUCUUUCCCUGACUCCCCACUGAAGGUGCCUCAGAACCAAGUCCAGGACAGAUUAGGAGCCAGUCUAGAACGUACUCAAAGCAAGAGCUCUGUGGAGCGGAGACAGGACACUGUGAGAGGACAGGCCUACAACAACAGGGGCAAUUACUACAGGCAGCUCUCUCCUUCGCGGGCGACAAAAGACUCCGUGCCGAGCAGCAAGAGUUUCUAUUUCCCCUCAUCAGAGCUUCAGCACUCAUGCAAAGAUGAACCAUCAUUUCACUCCCACUACUGACAGGUGCGGAAGGGACGUCAGCAAAAAGAGUAAUAAUAAUGGUAUUGCAAUCUGAUGUGGCAUAAAUGUUCAGCAUUAGCUAUGCUCACAGACAGCUGUCUUAUCUUUACAAGUUGACUGCAAAUGGCACCAAACCAGAAAUCCGUGUUAACAAAAAAUAUUUUUCUUCAGUCUAAAAAUGCAAUUGGUAGUUUUUCAUGUUUUUUAAAGAGAUGUUGUUUUUAUUUUUGUAAGUCUUUAUUUGUCCAUUUGGGACCAGUUCAUGUUUCUUGCUCAGUUUUCUUCCCGUUUUGUAAUCUAUGCAGUAUGUUAACUGUGCAUAGUUAGUUGCACUUUGUGUGAAUAAUAGCUGCCAAGUGACUGAAUUUUCUGUUUAAC